CGGCACCAGCCCGUCGAAGUAUAUUAUGCCCUCUAAAUAAAAUCUUCUUUUCCUAAGAUAUUCCCCCAUUCCUCACCACACAAUCUUCACAGUAUCACCACCACAGCCACCAGCACAACUACCGCGACCAUGCUCCUGAGAGCAUCAUCUCCAUCCACAGCGUUAUUUCUAUCAACAGCAGUAGCUGAUAAUGUGAAUCAAUUCCCUUCUUCUUCUUCGUCUUCUGUGAGUUUCUCAUCAUCACAGAGAAGAACUGAUGGAUUUGUGGUGAGUGUAUUGAAGAAUGAAUCAAAUAAUAAUCUUAGUCCAGGAACUACUGCUGUUGUUUUUAAACCGUUUGAAGAAAUUAAGAAAGAACUUCAGUUAUUAUCAGCUCUUUCUCAACAAUCUCUUGCUCGCCAUAAGUUUUCAAAUGCUUGUGAAGCUGCCAUUAAUGACCAGAUCAAUUGGGAAUACAAUUUAUCGUAUGUGUAUCAUUCGGCUUACGCGUACUUUGACCGGGAUUAUGUUGCUCUGGAAGGAUUUGCUAAGUUCUUUAGGGAAGCUAUGGUGGAGAAAAGGGAACGUGCUGAGCUACUUAUGAAAUAUCAGAAUAAAAGAGGGGGUAGAGUCAAGCUAGAUAUGAUGCUAAUGCCUGAGUCUGAACUCUAUCAUUCCGAGAAAGGAGAAGCUUUGUACUCUAUGGAACUUGCAUUGUCUCUAGAGAAGUCAACAAACAUGAAGCUUUUCGAGUUACAUGGUGUCGCAGAUGAAAAUAAUGAUGUGCAAAUGGCAGAAUUUAUUGAGAGCACCUUCUUGACUGAGCAGGUGGAAAUUAUUAAAAAAAUCUCUGAAUUUGUUUCCCAGUUGAGGAGGAUCCGCUGCAAGGGAUAUGGGGUAUGGCAUUUUGACCAGAUGCUCUUGAAUGCAUGAUGCGGUCUUCAUAAAAAUUCUCAAUGAUUUCAUUUAUUUCAGCGUGCGUGUGUCUGUGAGUGACCAAUUUCAGUCUCCCAACGGAAACGUCUCAAGUUUGUAAUACGUGGUUUAAGUGUUUUGCUUGUCAAUAAAAAAAAAGAUGCCUCCAUAUGUAAGUACCACUUUUUUUUAGUAUGAUAACCAAUAAAACGAAAUGAUAAAACAAUAAGUAAAACGAGUUAUAAACUCAUAUCAGAAGCUAAA